GCAGUGUAACUAGGGCAGGCUAACACGAAUAUUGGUUGACAUCACAAAACUAUGAAGUUGGAUGUGGGCAAAUUGUGUAUACAUGUAUGAAGACUUAUUUCUUACAGUUUGUUGACAUAAAAAUAUACGAAUAAGUAUUCAAUUUACCUGUAAAAUUCGGCAGCCCAGCCUUCACGUCUUGCUCAGCCAUUUUUGCACCAACUUGGAUGUUCUUAUUAUUCUUCUUUUCCUUCACUUGCUGGCCAGUUCGGUUGCCGAACUGCAUUGUGGGUCUCCGACGUUUCCUGCGAGCUGUGACGUCAACAUCACCAGAUCAGUACCACAGAAAUUUCAGUUGUCUGCUGUACGUUGAAUUGAAAACUUCUUUAUAAAGUACAGUGAUCGGCAUCUAAUUACAAAAAUGAGGGAUUCAGAAGUUUAUAUUGUUUCAGCCGUAAGGACACCCAUAGGAAAUUUCUGUGGUGGUCUUUCAACUCUAAAAGCAUCAGAAAUGGGCUGCGUUGCAAUUCGAGAAGCAUUGGAUAGAGCCAAAGUUAAACCUGAAGAAGUAUCUGAAGUUAUUAUUGGACAGGCGUUAACUGCAGGGCAGGGCCAAAAUCCAGCUAGGCAGGCAGCUGUUGAUGCUGGAAUCCCAUUUUCUGUUCCUUCUCAUCUCAUAAAUAUGCUCUGUGGUUCUGGAAUGAAAUCGAUAGUGUCAGGAUGUCAGUCAAUCAAGACGGGGGAUGCGGACAUAGUGGUGUGUGGCGGCCAGGAGUCGAUGAGUCAGGCGCCACACAUUGUGCAGAUGCGGUCAGGUCUCAAAAUGGGCAACACCGAAAUUGUCGACACCAUGCUCCGGGAUGGCCUGACAGACGCCUUCACCAACAUCCAUAUGGGAAUCACAGCUGAGAAUGUUGCCAAGAAAUAUGAAAUUAGCAGGGAAGAACAGGACAAGUAUGCUGAAGAAUCUCAUAUAAAGACAGUGUCUGCACAGGCAUAUGGCAGCUUUAAGAAGGAGCUAGUACCGAUCACUGUAAUUUGCAGAGGGGAGAAAAAGUCAAUAUCACAAGACGAAUUUCCCAAACCAAACACGAAUUUUGAAUCACUCCAGAAACUAAAACCAGUUUUCAUCAAGGGUGGUGGAGGCACAGUGACGGCAGGCAACGCAUCAGGCCUUAACGACGGAGCAGCGAUGGUUGUGCUGAUGAGUGCAGGAGUGGCGAGGGCGCGCUGUCUCAAGCCUCUGGCUCGCGUCGUCGCCUACGCUCAGGUCGGCUGCGACCCACAGUACAUGGGCAUCGGUCCUGUCCAGGCUGUCAACUCUGUUUUAUAUAAGGCUGGCUGGCAGAAGGAGGAAGUGGACCUGUUUGAACUGAACGAGGCGUUCGCUGCCCAAGCGUUGGCUGUCAUCAAAGAGUUGGGCAUCGAUCGAUCCAAAGUCAACAUCCAUGGAGGUGCCAUUUCCAUUGGUCAUCCCAUCGGGUGCUCUGGCACUCGAAUUUUAGUGACUCUCCUGUACGCGUUGGAGAAGACAGGUGGUAAAAAGGGUGUGGCGUCGCUGUGUAUUGGAGGAGGCAUGGGAAUUGCCAUUGCUGUUCAGAGGGACUAACGCUAACGCUGCUGGUUGCUGCUCCCUUCUAGAACAACAUUCUUCCAGAAAUUUGCCUUAGUAGUGUCAAUGCCACCCCCCCCCCAUCCACUUCACCUUCAACUCUCUCAUCACCAAAUAAAAACUUGACAUCAUCCACAUCAUGUAAAUAAGCCAUCGGUUCAAAGUAAAUUAUUUCACUCAUUCCAAGAAAAAAUAUUCAACACCAAAUAAACUAGUGUCAACUAUAUUCAUGUAAAUAAAUUAUUCUGUAAAAGUGAAUUAUUUUACUCAACGCCAAAUAAACUUAGUAUCAUCUACAUUCAUGUAAAUAAACCAUCCGGCUAGAGUAAAUUAUUUUAUUUAGUCAAUAAACUCCAUUCUUCAUUUCUGUCAUGCUUUUUUACAUUUAAUCAAUUAUAUUGAUUUUUCUAUAGUCGUGUGUUAGACUUUUACAAAUAUCAUUCUAUUCAACUGUACCAUCAUUGAUACCUAACUUAUUUCAUCUUACCUCAGGUAAACUAGAUGUUUAGGAUAUAAUUUUGUUGAAUUGACUGACUUCUUGCACUGAUAUCAAGGACUAGUAGUCGUGUUUUUAUUGUGAUGUCUUUUCUCAAGAGGCUUUUGAGUUAUUUGAACGUCAUUUCUGUUGCUUAGUCUGACUAAGAAAAUGAAGACGAUGAGGAAGGUUCAAAAGCCUGGUCAUUAGAUUAACCAUGUUUAUUUUCACAAAAUAUUAUGACGUGCAAUUCGCUAUGGACUUGAAAAUUCAAGUAUACAUAAAUUUUCGUAUAAAAUAUGUAAAACAUUCAAAUAACAAAUACUCUCUUCAAUGGGGUUUCAUCAGGGGAUGAAUAAUUGCAAAGUGUUGAAAAUUAAUUCAAUUUUCUCUCUCUCGUCUCUUCUCCCUUAAUGUAGGUGCUUCUUUAGCGACUGCAAACCCUUAUUUUUCAAAUGAAAGUCAUCUAUCUUCAUUGAAAUUUAUGAAUUGCUUUGCUUGGAAAUUGUUGCCUACAGGUAAAAAUAUUCAUGGAAUAAAUGUGGAAACUCUCUAUCAAUCUUGUUACCAAAGUAAAUUAUUGUCCAAAUUAUUAUUCAAGACAACGAAAAUGGUUUUGUAAAUUAGGAUAGGCUAAAAAGUAAAAUAUACUAACUUCUUGUAAAAAAUGUCAAUAGGCUGAUGGGUUAUGUAAAACAAUUUAACUAUGAAAAAAACUUUGAAAUUGUAAAGGCUAAGCUUGAAAAUUGUAAAAUCUUGCUCAUUGGCUGACUACUUACAAAACCUGGUUAUGUAUUUAUCCCGGUGAUUUUAAUUCAGCUUAGUAUACCUGGGUACCUAUUACGAUUUUUUGUCGUUAUAAGGGAUUACAAUUGCUCAGUUUUCUCGAUAUUUCAUCCAAAUUGGUUGCUUCUCGAAGGUUCUGAAAUCGAAUCUUUACUUAGACAUUGCAUUUUUAUUUUUAGAAAAUAAAUCUCAUUACUAUGUGCAGAGUCGGUUUCAUUUGAUCACAUUUGAUAAAUCAACCAACUUUCUAGAGCGUUUUUAAUGAAAUGAGAACUGAAGAAUUUGUCAGCGUACUAUCUGUAUUUUUGUAUGAAUUUGGAAAAAAUAUUAAGGUUAGAGAAAUCUUAAGAAAAAUUAGACUCAUUACAGUUGAAUUCAUGACAAUAAAUUGCCGAAGUAUAUGACUAAAUAAAUACGGUCAAAUUUUUGGUAUUGAAGUGGGAAUUAUCUGCUCAAUACACAUGUUGAAUGUCUUGGAAAAAUGCAUUCAAAACGUUUACGAAUUCAAAUUGAGGAAUUAUGAAAUCAUUUGUAUUUACUAGAGGUUCCUUUCCAAUAACAAUUGGACUGGUUCCAAUUCCAUUGCCAUUUCAUGUUUAAUAUAAAUAAUCUCACAAUGAACAAUAAUUAUAUCGUUAUCAGUGUUGCUGUACAUAAACCUAAGCUUUAAUUUGUGUAUAAAUUGUGUGUGUAAAAUUUGUUUUAUGAAAAUUGUUAAAAAUCAUAUUUCUCUACCGUUUUCGUUUUGAACCAAUGUAAUUUGUCGAAACAUUAGUUAUCUGGGAAUACUUUUCUCAAUUCUCAGAGUUCUAAAAAAAUGUAAAAAUUCUUUUGAUUCCAUCUGAAGGUAUUUAAAAACCCAUUAAACUUUUUGUCCUUAAUUGUUUUCUUGGGUCAUUAUUGUCCAAUAAAAUAUUGGCUAUGGCUAAGACAAUGGCUAUUGACUAACAGUUGAAAGUUGAGAUGAAAACAAGGUUAAAAGAAAUUGAGUGUCUGUUAUUAGUAUCUCAAUCAUGAAAUAUAUAUUUGUUAGUUUUUUUUAUAAAUCAAAACCUUGCAGUUUAGUUAGUUACCUUAUCUGACCAUACUUCAUCUAUGGUUCUAGUGAGUGCCAAAAAUUUAAUCAUAAUAAUGAAAAUAAAAAGAUAACUAUGUAUUUUUAAAACAAUUGAUUUGUGCGAUCAAUCACCAUUUCUUGGAUUCCAAUUCAGCAAUUAUCAAUAAUCAUUCAAAAAUAUUAUUUCAUAUUUUUCAAAAUAUGAGUUUACAUUGCUAAAUAUUUUAUUUAUAUAGUUUAAAUUAUUGUAUAAAUAAUGUCAUAGUUGCAAAUAAAUUUAUUAUAAUGAAUCUCAAACAAAAAUCUAUCACAAUAUUCAUUAUUCAUAGGCCUAUUGUAUAAAUUAUACCUAAACUUUAAAAAUCUGCGAAAAAUGUAAAAUCAUCAUACAUAAUUAUGAUUAAUGUAAUCAAUAAAUUUGUAUUAUUAAAUUCUGCAGCUGUAAUAAUAUAAAUGAGUUUUAUUCAUUCCAUCAAAUAUUUAAAGAAACUCAGAUUAUGUGUAUAGAGUGAAUUUUUUUACCAAAUGUGCCUUGUUGAAUAUUGUCUGUUCAGAAUUUAUUUUUGUUUAUCAAAAUGAAAUAUCUAUUUUUAUUGUUGUCGAUGUCAUUAUUUGUUUUGUUCAUCAUCUAUUGGUGUAAAUAUGUAAACAUUUUUCAACACUGGCUUGAUGUGGUAGUCCAUUGCCAAUCUAUAGUUCUCCAUAGUUACAAUAUAGAUUGGCCAUGGGUUGUUCUAACAUCAUUAUCAUUACCGGUAUGCAAUUCUUAAAAAUGUUCAGUUUCAUUUUUGCUGUGUGUCAAAACACAACCAACUAUCAAUAAAAGUUCUAUCUGUAUGCUAUUUUAAUUUACAGCAUUUGUUUAUAAGAUCUGUAUAUUUUUUGUUAUGUAAACAAAAAACCUUUCCUGAAAUACUUUGGUAAGAAAAAUAAGCGUUGAUUUCUGAUUGGCUAAACAGCAAUCAAUGCAACGUAUUUUUAAUAAUAAAUGAAAUCUUUGUAGUACAGUACUGUCAUUGACAAUAAUCAAUUUUAUAUGUUUGGUUUUAAUUAUUUUUGUAUUUUGUCAUCAAGAUUUGUAAAAUAAUUUUUCAGAUUAUGAAAAAUGUUGUACAUAUCAGUUGUCAGUAUUCUUAUUUGUAAGUUUUUAAUUCAUUGUACAAUUCAAAAAUGGAAAUAUAACGAACUGAGAUAAC